CUCUGAGAUCAGGGAAAAAUAUAGAAAAUAACAAAAUAACAUAGAAAAUCGUCAGUGCUAUCAGCGUAUUCUCUCUCAAAGGUGCUGUACAAGGAUCGUAAAAAUGUUUGCGGGAUAAUUCAACGAUUGCUUCAUCCCCGUUUCAGUGCGAACAAGUAGAUGACAAGAGACUCUUGCUCACACGACCAAAAUGUUAUACUUUGAUGUCAUCAUAUGGCCAUUCUUUCCACACAGGCUCGAUAUUGUCAAGAACGGGGCAUAUACGCAAAGCGCACGUCGAUGAUGUACUUUUGGAACGGAAUCACCAGUGUCCUUAUCAGAGCUCUGACCGGUUACGUGUGCGACAUGAAGGGGGUUCAUCUCAAGUGGAUCAUGCAAACGGCGGUGUUCAUAGCUGGAGCCACUGCAGCAUUGAGCACCCUCCUGUACUCUUACAAGCAGCUGUUGAUGUGUUACGUUGCCUAUGGAGUCGCUGACGGUGCUAUAAUAUCCUCAAUGAACAUCUUAGCUAUGACAACGCUCUCAGCGAAACAAAGCUCCGCAGGUUUUCUUGCCGAUUUGUCUGGAUCGUAUGUUCUCACCUUCUAUGUGGCGGGUUCGUUUCAUGUCCUGGCUGGUUGCAUUUUCCUCCUGUCAUAUUGUAUAAAAAGCGCCAAAGUCGCUCGCGAAAAUUUGAACGAUCUUUUACAGCUGGAAAAAUUCCUCAUUGUUGAAACUGUCACAGUUCUCUGAUUUAUUUACACUC